CGCCGCCUCGCGACGAUGCUUCUGGUGAGCCAGGCCGCGAACGGCUCCCUCUCCGCGCGGCGGCUGCCCUCCAAGCCGCCCGCCAGCCACCGGGGCGCCAACCCCUACCCACUCUUCGCCAACCCCCGCAUCGCGCGCCGCCGCCUCGCGCUCUCCGGCGCCGACGCGCCCCGCCGCGCCUCGGCGCAGCCCCGCGCGGCCGCGGGCGAGGGGCCCUCCGGCUCCGCCGCCGCCGAGGACCCGGUCCUCGUCGGCGUCAACGACGACCGCGUGCCCCUCGAGGGCGUCAUCCAGGUCGAGAAGCCCGGCGGCGCCGACGCGCAGGCCAAGCUCGUCUCCUACGCGAAGGUGGGGCUUCUGGCCGGAGGGGACCUGCUUUGCCUCCUGGUCUUCUCCGCGAUUGGAAGGUUGAGCCAUGGCCUGCCCGCCCUUGACGCCGAGACGUUCAAGACGGCCGACCCGUUCAUUGCCGGUUGGUUGCUCAGCGCCUACUUCCUCGGUGGGUUUGGAGAUGAGGCCAAAGGAAGCAAUGGUGUGGGGAACGCUGUAACUGUUGCAGCGAAAUCCUGGGCGGUUGGAAUUCCGUUAGGAAUUGCCAUUCGUUCACUGGCCUCUGGUCAUAUUCCACAAACUCCUUUUAUCUUGGUGGCCAUGGGAAGCACUGGGGUCUUGUUAACUGCAUGGCGUGCUCUGGCUUCCCAAGUUCUUUCCACUGGACAGCAGAAGAAGGAUGAUGUCUACAAAAAAGGAAACCCUUUUGAGCUUUUUGAGGUUAGAAUUUCUUUUAACAAUUACCACAGUACCGGUGAUUUCAUGCAGAUCUUUGCAUGA